AUGCGUGCAUCGGGGCUGCAGGUGCACAAAGUUAUUUUUGGGCUCAUCACGCCCGGCGCUUCGGCCUGGCUAACUGUGCCCCUCGCUGCCCCGCUGCACACUGGCGAUAUCUUCCCAACCUCUCCUUAUUCGGCUCUUUUUGCUUGUGGCCGGAAUUUUCGCGCAGAACUCGGCUGGUGGUCUUACCGCAUUGCAUUUUAUCACGCCACUGGGUCCCUUGUUCCUCCCCCUCUUCCACUUUCUGGCCAUCGCAUGAUUCUAUUAAUACACUUCCACACUUGCUGCCAUCCAAUGUGCGGUCCAAUCUCGUAA